AUGGUUUAUAGGGAAAAACAAGUGACGUUAAUCGAAACGUUCAAUCAUCGUGUACCAAGAGCCUUCACAUGGCAAUCUAUUAAAACUUACCUUCUAUCUUUACUGCCCAUAACAAAAUGGAUUGCGCAUUAUAAUUUGCAAUGGUUCAUCUCUGAUGUUAUCGCAGGGAUCACUGUCGGUUGUGUCUUGGUUCCACAAUCAAUGUCUUAUGCACAAAUCGCUACCCUAGAUCCUCAAUACGGGCUGUAUUCAAGUAUUAUGGGUUGUUUCAUCUAUACUGUCUUUGCCACUUCUAAAGAUAUCUGUAUUGGUCCUGUGGCUAUCAUGUCAUUACAAACGGCAAAGGCUAUUGCUCAUGUUCAUCAAAAACAUCCUGAUAUACCCGCUCAUAUUAUUGCUUCGACUAUUGCUGUCAUUUGUGGUGCCAUCACCAUGGGUAUCGGUGUCUUAAGACUUGGGUUUUUCAUCGAUUUAAUCCCAGUGACUGCUGUGUUUGGGUUCACUUCUGGUUCUGCAUUUAACAUUCUUUGGGGUCAAAUCCCAGGGUUAAUGGGGUAUUCCAAAGAUGUCAAUACAAGACAAGACACUUAUAAAGUUGUUGUUGAUACAUUGAAAAAAUUACCCAAGACAAAUAUCAACGCCGUCAUGGGUCUGAUCCCCUUGUUUUGUCUUUUUGUUUGGAAAUAUGGUUGUGAUUAUGCUUUAAGACGCGGUAAUUUGAAACCUUGGCCCAAGAGAAUUGUCUUUUAUCUAUUAAGUUUAAGAGUCACCAUUGUAAUCAUCAUUUGUUCUGCUGCUGCAUAUGGUGCCAAGAACCCAAGUUUGAAAGUCUUGGGUAAGAUUCCAAAGGGGUUUGCUGCUGCUAGUGAUAACAGAUUGAAAAGCAUUCCUUCGGAUUUGGUCUCAGAUAUUUGGUCAGAAAUCCCAGCUUCGGUUAUCGUAUUAGUAUUGGAACAUGUUUCGAUUGCUAAAUCUUUUGCUCGUGUCAAUAAUUAUAGAGUCUCUGCUGAUCAAGAAUUAACUGCUAUUGGGGUUAGUAAUGUCAUGGGUGCAUGUUGUUUAGGUGCUUACCCUGUUACAGGUUCCUUUAGUAGAACAGCUUUAAAGGCAAGAUGUGAAGUUCGUACUCCACUUGGUAGUAUCUUUAGUGGGUUAUGUGUUGUUGUUGCAAUUACUUCAUUAACAUCAGCUUUAGCUUGGAUUCCCAAAGCGACUUUAUCUGCAGUCAUUAUUCAUGCGGUUAGUGGGUUAAUUAGUUCCUAUAAAGUCACAAUUAGAUUAUACAAGAUGGGUCCCUUAGAUUGUCUUGGAUUUCUAGUGACUAUCUUUAUCACUGUCUUUAGUGAAAUUGAAAUAGGUGUUUAUUUUGCUGUCUGUUGGGCAUGUUUCUUAUUGAUGAUUCGUAUUGCAUUCCCCUACGGUGCUUUCUUGGGGUACGUUCGUGUACGUGAAAUCUCUCGUAGUUCGAUUACCAUGAUUGAACCAAUGGAUUAUGAAAGUGGUAAUGAUAAAGAAAAUAUUAAGUUAAACAAAAAACAAUUGACCAAGAAAUAUUACAAUAAAUUCAUUAAUAGCUUACAUUACAAUGCCCCCUAUGAUGAUGAUGGAACAAGUGAAUAUAAGAACCAGAACAAUAAAUCCACCAGUAUUAGUACAAGUUCAUCAAAUGAACCUGAACCUAAAUCUUCCACGUGCUCUACAAAUGAACCUGAACCUGAAUCUUCCACGUACUCUACAAAUGAAGUAAUAUCAAUUCAACCAAGUACAAAGAAAGAUGAUCAAAAUAAAACUCAAAUUUACAAUGUCGAUGAAGAGACAAGCCAGCAUUAUGUUAUUAAAGGAGAAGAUCCAACUAAAAAUAAUGAAUACAUAUUCAGACAAGAAACUUCUGAAAAUUCCACAAUAGUAGAGGGAACUGGAAAUCUAGAUAAUUCACAAGACUUGGAACAAUUAGAUCAAUCAUCUGUUGACGAGAACCAAGACAAUAUAAUAAAUAAACGUCUCACAAGACAAUUAGUUUAUGACCAUGAAUUGGAACAUGAUACACCAACUGAAAUUAUUUGGAUACCAUAUUCCCAUAGAUUCACUCGUGAAUUGAAUCCACAUGUCAAAAUACAUCCACCACCACCAGGUGUCGUUGUUUAUAGAUUUUCAGAUUCAUUAACUUACAUUAAUUGUUCGAGAAAUUAUGAUAAUAUCAUUGAUUAUAUUAAAGAUAAUACAAAACCAGGUGAAAUAGACGUUUUAAGUGAUGCGUUAUAUGUUAAACCUUGGAAUAAUCCAGGUCCAUGGGAAAAACCAAAAUUGAAAUUCUGGGAACAUGCAGAUCCAGAGAUUGCACGUAAGAAGAGAAUGGCAGACAAGAGACCUACUUUAAGGAUUUUAUGUUUAGAUUUUUCACAAGUUGCACAAAUCGAUUCUACAGCUUUACAAGCUUUAAUUGACUUACGUCAUGAAGUUAAUGCAUACACUUGUAGUUUAGUAGAAUGGCAUUUCUGUGGAAUAAUUUCGCCAUGGGUACGUAGGAAUUUAAUUGAAAUUGGGUUUGGUAAAAUUAAUAAAGAAUUUUUCCCCAAAGUUAAUGACUCUUCAACGGUUGAAGUUAUUUCAGAUUUAGAAUAUAACGGUGAAUUAGCCUUAGGUGAGAAUGUACCUUUUUUCAUAUGCGUAUUCCGGAUUUUGAUAGAUGGGUAA